AUGUUCUUCAAGUCUCUGGACCUGACGACGGCACUGCGGCCCUUGCUGUUACCUGACGAGGCCCUCCUCUUUGUCCAGGAUGCGGUGGGGUUGUACGAGGGGAAAUACAAGAUCCCCAACUACCAAAACGGCCACGCUUAUUUGACCUCGCAUCGAGUCUGCUAUGUAGCUGCGGACGAGCCGCGCAAGUACUGCGUCGCAAUCGAUCUCAAGGAAAUUGAUCGGGCCGAGUACCAGGCCCGAUUCCUAAAGUCGUCGCCUAAAAUCACGAUAUACCCAAAACCGCAGAGUAACAAGGCCGACAAAUCUCGCAGCGCAGCAUCGAGUCCUGCCAUCUCCCAGCAAUCGACCCUCCAUCCCGUCAUUCGGACCCCUCUUCCGCAAGCCGGGACACCACAGCCAAACCCGUCCCCGAAGCCAGUCAAUGCCACGUGGAUUUGUCCGAUAUGCACCUUUUCAAAUCCCUUGCCCUCCAACUUUGAUCCGGCGACAGCAACAGCUGCCACUCACCUCCCGCCAUGCCUUGCGUGUGGUAUUAAGCCGCCGUUUACAACUGUGCUCAAGGCAGCAAUCAAUGCGGCGACCAGCCGAGAGCCACCCACACCAUUGUCAGCUGCAAUUUCACCUGUACCGCAAGAUAAUGGCAAUUUACAUAAUGGAAGCCGACCAGGCUCGACGACAGGCGGAUCAGUGUCCUGUCCUCGAUGCACGUUUGUCAACCAUCCGUCGCUGAUCGAAUGUGAGAUAUGUGGAGCACCUCUGUUGACUACAGGAGGUGCUUCUUCGAUGCUCGGGAAUGAAGCAAGCCGCUCGGACUCGCCGGCUCCGUUCUUCAGACAGACGCGGAUUACCAACACCGAGGUGACUGAGAGCAUCAAGCUGUCGUUCCGGGAUGGUGGUGAAAAGACCUUCCAUGAAAGGCUUAAGGAUGCCCUUGUGCAGAGGAAAUGGCUUCUUCAAAACGCACCACCUGUACCUCCACCGGCACAAGCUACCUCAUCCCCUAAGCCGUCAGCCACGGCAGCCUUCGAGAGCCCUCAGCCGUCUACCCCGCGCGUAUCAGCCGUGGGCAUUGCGGGUCUAGAGCAACGGGGUCUGGAGGCUCGCAUGAACAAUCAGUUGGUCAUCGGUAACGCCUUCGAGGACCUGGAGGCCUUGAUGGCAUCGGCCAAACAGAUUGUUGCGUUGGCCGAAACCCUGGCGCGAGAGUCCGGCAUGUCUACGAACGAGGGCUCGGCCGAGACCAACGCGGUCUUAUCUGAAUCCGCGGCAGCAUUGGGCAUGGUAACCACGAAGGAUAUGCUGAGCUCCGGGUCAGAGAAUCUUUACCUUUCGGAACUGUCACGCAAUCUGGCCGAGUAUCUUACAGAUGACCGCCAGGGAAUUCUACAGCGGGAAGGAGGCAUUAUGAGUCUUAUCGAUCUCUGGGCAGUCUUUAACCGGUCUCGCAACGGAGUCGAGUUGGUCAGUCCGUCCGACUUCCAGCGAGCAGCAGAACUAUGGGAGAAACUGCGACUUCCCGUCCGUCUUCGUCGAUUCAAGAGUGGACUGUUAGUGGUUCAGCGAUAUGACUGGAGCGAUGAUAAGACGGUUCGACAAUUGCAGGUGUGGAUGGAGGAAUUGCGACAAAUUCCACCAGAAGAGCCGGUCCUGUGGGACUGGCAGGCAUUCGGUCGAGCUGUGACGGCGCAAGCAGCGGCGCAGCGCUUCAAAUGGAGUGUCGGUGUGGCUGCCGAGGAACUCGAAAUGGCCGAAGACCGGGGCGUACUCUGUCGAGAGGAAGGGCUCGAAGGACUCCGGUUUUGGUCGAAUUGCAUCGCCGAUGGUUCCUACUCGUAG